UUCCACAACUUUUACAGGUGGAACUGUCCGUUGGGUGCUGGGGGCAGGAUCUUAUUCGCACCUAAAUUGGACUGCAAAGCUAGACUGACAGGCAACUGACCCAAUUGACCGAUCACUGUUUCAUGGCAUUAGACGAUGCCAUCAUUUUGACCACACCAGGGAGAGAGAAACUAUUCAUCCCUCUAUUAGCAUAGCUUGUGUCUUCUUAUUGUUUUUGCAUAAUUUUUUCAUGGUGCUGUUGCAGAAAUGGCUGUAGAACUUAUGAUGGGAUUCGGUAAAAUUGGUUUUUCUUCCAAAAUGAAGGAAGAAUCUGCAGUGAAAGAAGCAGCCUCCGGACUCGAGGGUGUUGAAAAGCUCCUCAAGUUGUUGUCGUCACAACAACACAACCGGGAGAAAUUUAGUCUCCAAUCAUCUUCAUCUUCAACCCUCAGUCUUAAAUCUCCCAUGGAUUUAGACAAAGACUACAAAGCUGUUGCCGACGUCACCGUUUCGAAGUUUAAGAGGGUGAUCUCUCUUCUUGGCCGUACCAGAACUGGCCACGCUCGUUUUAGAAGGGCCCCUGUGGCUUCGCCUCAUCAUCUUCAUCACCAUGAAAACUCUUACUUGGUAGUUCCAAAGAGCAGGGUUCUUGAGAGGAAGGAUUCCUCCACUACAAUCAGUUUUUCAUAUUCGUCAGCUGCCAAUUCGUUUAUCUCUUCCUUGACUGGUGUUUGUGAUAGCAAGCAACAUCCAUCCUCCUCCUCCGCUUUUCAGAUUACUAAUCUCUCUCAUGUUUCUUCUGUUGGGAAGCCACCUCUGUCUUCAUCUGCUUUGAAGAGGAAGUGUAACUCUGAGAACAACGUGGGUUCAGCCCGCAAGUGUGGCGUCUCUUCUGGUCGUUGCCAUUGUUCCAAGAAGAAAAAGCUGAGAUUGAAGAGGGUUGUGAGGAUUCCGGCAGUAAGCUUGAAAUUAUCAGAUAUUCCACCUGAUGAUUACUCUUGGAGGAAGUAUGGACAAAAACCCAUCGAAGGAUCUCCUCAUCCGAGGGGUUACUACAAGUGCAGCAGUGAGAGAGGUUGCCCAGCACGCAAACAUGUUGAAAGAGUUGUGGAAGAUCCAUCAAUGCUCGUAGUGACAUAUGAAGGCGAGCACAGCCACUCUCUCUCAGUUGCAGAUGCCGCAAAACUCAUUCUCGAAUCGUAAACUCUAAACCCUCAAGUCUCGAAGGAGAUUAGUGGGUUUAGUUUGUCCAUAUAUACCAGUCUAGUUUGUACAAUAUGGAAAGGGAUUCCUCUUGCUUUAUCUAUAUAUGUUGAGCACAGUAAGUUAACCUGUGUUAAUCAAAAGAAAAAGUAAGAGAAGAUAGUGGAUAUGGUGUUAGAUUUCAAUCUCAAAAGGAAAGAAAGUGGGGUUCCAUUUUCAA